AGCGUAUCCCUAACUUGAUGCCCAAUGCCCAUGCGUUUUUCAAAGAAAAGGGCAGCAGUGGUGAAGGGUGAAGCUGCGCACGAUGUUUCGUCGAACACUUGGUGGGCAUAUUGGGGUCGCCCACCAAGCUUCCAAGGGGUCGCCGGAGCACCUUCCCAGCCACUUUUUCCGGCUUCUAAGGGGUCCGCACUGUGGGUCCGCCCAACCCUUGGCUUUUCUGUGAAUUAGAUAUGGUCCAUAAUUUCUAACUCCAAUAGUCCAAUGGCAGAGCUAAGCUCAACCUCAGUGAAACUAGUUGAGCUCUGCAGGGUAGCUCCACAACCACAACCAGAUGUUGCAGAGUUUUCUCUUCCCCUAACUUUCUUCGACCUCCUAUGGCUAAGGUUUCCACACUUCCACCGCCUUUUCUUCUAUGAAAUAUUGGCUUCCUCUGCCUCAGCUGACACAAAACCCUUCUUUAAUUCUCUACUCUUUCAAAAACUCAAAGCCUCACUUUCUGUCACCCUCCAACACUUUCUACCUCUGGCAGGAAACAUCACUUGGCCCCAAGACUCCCACAAACCCGUUCUCAGUUAUGUCCAAGGCGACGCCGUUUCGCUCACCACAGCCCAGUCUGAUGCUGAUUUCCACCGUCUUUCAAGCAACGACUUCAACAUUGAAGCCAAAGAAUACCAUCCUCUUGUACCCCAAUUGGCAAUAUCUCAUGAAAAAGCUGCUGUGUUGGCUUUUCAAAUCACUCUCUUUCCCAACAGCAGCGGCUUCUCCAUUGGAAUUUCCAUGCACCAUGCAGCUCUUGAUGGCAAAACUUUGUUCAUGUUUCUGAAAUCAUGGGCCCACUUAUGCAAACAUGAACCUGAUACUUUGUUGCCUGAUCAGCUGAAACCAUUUUAUGACAGAAGGGUCUUCAUCCAGGACCCAGCUGGGCUCGAGCUCGAAGCAAUCUACUUGAACCAGUUUCUGAAUAUGGACCAACGAGCCAACAACCGAAGCUUGAUGGUUGCCACCCGCUAUAAAUCUGUAGCGCUACCGGAUUCGAUUCGAGGCACUUUCGAAUUCACAAGCACAAAAAUUGAAGCACUAAGGCAAUCUGUCAUGAUCAAGAAACAACAACAAUAUCAUCUAUCUGUUCUAUAUUUGUCAACGUUUUGUCUAACAUGUGCCUACACAUGGGUUUGCUUAGUCAAAGCAGAACAAGAAGAAGAAGAAGAAGAAAUAAAAGACGACCAAAUACUUACGGUACUUAGCGUGGACUGUCGGUCUCGCUUGGACCUUCCUAUACCUGCAACUUAUUUUGGCAACUGCAUAACGGGCCAUGGAGCAUUUGCAGAAAGAAAAGGACUUUUGGGAGAAGAUGGGUUCUUUGUGGCUGUAAAUGCGAUCAGUGAAGCCAUAAAAGGUUUGGAUAACGGGGUCUUGAAUGGGGCAGAGAACUUAGUUUCAAGUUUGUACCUUUCUGAAUCUGAUCUUCAGGCUACUACUGACCAUUCCAGAGUGUUCACCACCGCUGGAUCACAUCAGUUUAAGAUGUACGAUACUGAUUUCGGGUGGGGAAGACCAAAGAGUACCGAAGUGGUUCCUAUAGGUAGAAGAGGAGCCAUAGCCAUCACUUUUUCAGAUGGCAAGAAUGGAGGUGGAGCUGUUGACAUUGGCUUGGUUCUGAAGAAACAUCACAUGGAGGUUUUUGCUUCUCUAUUUCCUAAAGGUCUUGAAAACCUUUGAUUUUCAAUCCCCUUAGCCUCAUAUACACUACUACUAUAGCUGGUUUCAGUAGAAAUUUAUAUUUCACUUUAUCUUUUGGGGAAUAAUUGUGAGUUCAUUGGUCAUUGGGGCAACUCUUGUGCUCUCAAUUAUUAAUCUUGUUAAGAUGUUGCUGUUUGAAGCAGGCUGCUCUGUAUUUUGGUUUAGUAUGCUUAUAUAUC